AUGGCUGUUGUGCCUCCCCCAUGGGAGGAACUCACACCGGAUGAAAUCUCCAAACGACUCGCUGCCUUCUCAUCCCUCUCAUCACCGACAGAUGUGCGUUGUUGUUAUUCCCCUCACGCGGUGUAUUCCACCGGCAGUGCCGUCGUUGAUGAGAUGCUGCCCGAUGGCGGUUUGGCGUGCGGAACAGUGAUGGAAAUUAUUGGGCCACCAGCCGCGGGAAAGUCGCAUCUCGUUAGGCGGAUGAUCGCUGCGUUUGCCGCUCGUGCGGCUUUGCAGUGGACACCAGCAACUAGAUGUUGUUGUAAAGAUAAAUGUGAUUCAAAAGAAGAUAAUGAAAAAGAAGAAGAUGAUAAUGAAGAAGAAGAGGAAAUGGGAAUAAAUACAUGUACACCUCGUGAUUGGUGUGUAUUUCUUGUUGUCUCCGAUUCAUCCUCACACAGUCCACAUCAUUUAUAUGAAUUGUUAAAGAAAGCUUUUCUCUCAGCAGCCGCACGAGGUGUACGUUGCUGUUCUUGUUCUUGUUUCCAUCAUCAUAAUAAUAAUAAUGAUUAUACCAACCCCACAGGGUGUCUCCGUCUAGUAUUAGAAAAAGUAAAGAUGGUGACCUUUUCAUCACCAAAUGAUUUAUUAAUCUUCUUUCGUUAUUUAAGUCGUGUAGAGUUUACUGCUGAUCAUCAUCACAGACGACGACGGCGUGUAUUGGUAGUCGUAGACAGUUUGGCACGUUUGUGGGAACAUCCUGCCUGUGGGGCGACUGUUCAUGCACGUCAUUGGAUGGCCGCGGAACUCGUGCGGGAAGUACGCACAGCCAUUGCGGUUGGAAAUGGAUGGCGACAACCACCGUGUGAAAUAGAUAGACACAGAGAUUUAAAUACGGAUGAUCCUAUUAUUAUUAUGAUGAAUAAUGAUAAUAAUAAUAAUAAUAAUAAUAAUAAUAAUGGGAGUGGGAGUAGUGGUGGAGUGGCGAUUGUAUUUGUGAAUGGAUGUAAGAAUAUGAUAAAUUCUCAAACUUCCACUUCACGUGUUGUUGAGAAGAAACCGCUUGGAGUGCCUGUUUGGUGUGCGGCGGCGGCAGAUGUUCGUCUCUUUGUAGAGCCCAUCACUGCCCCAGAUCCAUCUAUAUUGUAUGAGAAGAAUUAUAGUGAGGAGACAGAGACACAGUCGUGUAAGCAUAAUGUACACAAGAUGAUGAAAGUCUCUCUUGUAAAGGGAGGUGGGAGUAUAUCUUCUUCUUCUUCUGUUGUUGUUGUUGAUAAAAUUGCAGUGGUUUAA